AUUAAUUACAGGUCUUUGAACUUUUCUAAAAAUUAAUUCUAGGGGAAAAUAUGACCGAAGUAAAAUUUCAACUGUAUAUUGUUCGUCAGUAAGCACCAUUUUUAUUUGGAGUUUUUAAGGAUGAAAUUUUAAUAAAUUCUUAAUAUGUAAAAAAAAAUAACUAUUUGUGUUGAAUUUUGUGAAAAAAAAGUAAAUGAUGAAAUCUUCGAGCGAUUCAUUUAUUUCGUGCAGCGACCUUUCCAUCUUCCUCUAAGCGCAAUCUAGAUGAUUAGUGGGGUUGAUAAAUGUAAAUAAAGACAUUGGUGUAAAUUCUAGAUCUAUUCAUAGAAUUCGCAUGAAAUCAAUAUCUGCAAAAUUAUUUUUUUAAAACAACUUGUCCGAUUUUUCGAAAUGUCUUGAAUUAAUUUUUAUGAAUAUUCUGAUGAAUGAUAUAUAAAGAGCAUAAAAAUUCGUGAAUUUUUCAUUGUCUCCAAACCAAUUGUCACAAUUCAGUGUAAUAAACUUUUGUGAUGCACUCAACAGUUUAGAACCAUAAAAAGAAUUAUUUAGAUUUACACUCAAAAAAAAAUCAAUAAACAAUUAUGGCCAAUUUGAUUGCAUAGAAAACUUUAAUUUAAAUGCUGACUACUUCCUUGCAGUGGAGAGACGAUGGAAAAUAGAAAAGGAUUCUUACAAGGUCAUAAAAACACGCAGCUCACCGAUGUAGGUAGGAAACAGGCCGAAAGUGUUGGUUCCUAUCUUGACACAACUGCUUUUCACGAGGCUUAUUCAAGUGAUUUGACGAGAGCAUUUGAGACUUGUCAGCUUAUUUUGGAAAAAAGUAAAAGUGAAUCAAAAGACUUGCAAAUUGAAAAAAAUACAGCUCUACGAGAGAGGCAUUUUGGAGACUGGGAGGGGAUGCAUCGUUCAGUUUUUGCAGAGAUGGCUGGCAGACGAAGUUUUGAGCAUUUUAUUCCUCCAGGUGGAGAGUCUCUUGAAGACGUCGGUGAAAGGGCAAUUAAUUGGUUUGAUGGGCUUUGUAAUUCAGUUUUCGACUUAAACAAAAAAGAAACUGACCCUCCUACACGAAAUGUUUUGUUGGUAUCACACGGGGGAUGGAUUUGUGCUUUUCUUAGGAAAUUAGUUUCCGAGCGCAAUUGUGGAUUACCUGACGAUAUUCCUCUAAAAAAGUCAUCAUUAGGAAUUUGCCCCAACGCUGGGUUAUCUAUCAUGGGUGUUACGAUCAGCCACACUAAAAGAGUAAAGACUAAGGUUCAUACUUUGCACAAAACUACCUAUACUGCAGAAGAUAUUUUAGAGAAGAUUAAUGCAGAAGCUGCAGAGUAAUUUCUAUAAAUUUUCUUUGUAAUAUACUACGAAUGGCAUUGUAAUUAGGAAAAUUUGUUGGAUUUCAGUUAUUCUUAAAAAUUCCUGUCUGAAAAUAAUAAUUAAACAAAUAAUUAUUGCUCUUUUGUGAUUUAUGUUGAAAUAUACAGAGCAGAGGCGAGUCAAAGUCUUAAAGAUAACCUCUAUAGUGCGUGUACUCUUUGUAACUUUGAUAUAUUAGUAUAUACACUGUAUAAAAUAUAUGUGUAUAUAAAAUAAGUAUAUAUUGAGCGAUUACUGUGGAUGAAUAUUAUAAGUGAACAAUACAUUUCCUUGAAUUUAUCUUAAUACGUUUCUCUUGUAUAAAUUAAUUCAAAAUAGUCGAG